AUGGAAUAGCAGUAUGUAGAUUUGUUUGGUUAUUAGCUUACACAUGAAUAAUAUUAAAAUAUAACAGCAAAUGAUGAAGAAUUUUAGCAGUUCUUGUAGAUUAUUAGCAAAUAAUUUAGAGAGCGAGGUCCUUUAUAUUUUUAAAAAAUAAGAUGCGAGCUAAAAUCAUAAUUAAAUUCAUUGCAAUAAUUAAUUAAAGUAGAUGAGUAUGGGCAGAUGAAAAUAUCGAAUUUGUAGCUUUAACAGGGUUAUAGUUACGUUAGUAAACAAUAUCCUUUCAUUUUAAAGAUAAGAGGAGAUGGAAACUGCUUUUAUCGAGCUGUUAUUAUUGGAAUUAUGGUCACAAUAAUUUAAAACAAUAAAAAUGAAUUUUUUAGAAUAUUAAUAAGAUAGGUCUAACAUACAGAAAAAUUUGUAUACUAACUGAAAGACGAAAUAAUGGCUAUAUCUGAAACAGAUGUUGGCCUGAUUCUUAUAAAGUUUUUUACAUAAAUUCUCAUAGAAAAAACAAUAAAUGAAAAGUUUAGCAUUCUUUAAUUGUUUGCUGAAUUUAAUGAUUUUCCUGAGAUUGAUUUAAGUCUAAAUAUAUUCUGCAGGAAUGUCCUCAAUACUUAUUUUGAAAAGUCUUUGAAAGACCCUCAAUAUAAUUAAUUUAUUGGGGAUGAUAUGAAGACUAAAAUUCCUUUUUAAUUAUGCGUAAUUGGAGAAGAAGCAGAAGAUGUGAUAAUACCUCUAUCUGCAAAUGCUUUUUCUUAUAAAAUAGUCAUUUAGAAUCUUUACAUUGAUAAUAAUGAUAAACCCUACACAGAUUAAAUCAUUUAUAAUCCCACGAGUGGGGAACCAGCUGAUACAAUUAUAUUAUGCUAUUCUCAAGGCCAUUAUGAUCUUCUUCUUUCACAAAAUUAAUCUUAAAUAUUCUAAAACUAUCCCUAAAUUAUAUUGAAUAGUAAAUUCGUUUUAAAGAUAACAAAGCAGCAGAGAAUUCUCAAAGAUGAGUUAAUUGAAAGUGAAUUACAGUAAGAAGAAAAUGAAAAAGAAAAGGAAAAACUCCAACAAUAACUCUUUGAACAAGAACAAAAAGCACUAGAGAUCUCUAAUAAAUAAAAAAACAUUUAUCAAAAGAUAGUAGAUAAAUGCAAAAGAUUAAUAUAAAAAGGUAAAACUAAAAAAGAGAAAGAGGUAGAAAAAGCAAGUUAGAAAGAGAAUGAUUCGUUAGCACUAAAUAAGAAACAGAGCGAUAAGAAGAAAAAUUUAAAUUUUUAUUAAAGACUAAAUAGUAAAAAGAAAAGUAUUGAAAGUAAUACUUAACAGAGAGAAAAAAAAGGGAUUUAGAAGUGUUUAGAAUGCUAGAAUGAAUUUAUUUUGAAUUAAGGAGAAGAAAUGUUAAAUAGUGUGUAUUUAUGUGACAACUGUUAUUAAUUGCAAAGCAAUCAAUUAAUUGCAAGAGAUAACAAUAAGAAAAAUUAAAAUGGAGAUGGCUCAAGGAAUUGCAAAAUCUGCGAAAAUGAGUUUGAUAAAGACGAAAAUUUUGAGAGUGAGGGAAUUUGCAAAUAAUGCAUAAAGAUGUAGAUCCUGUCAAAUUAUAAAGAAAGUGAAUGUGUUUCUUGCAAGAAAGAAGCUUCAUUCAAAAUUGAAAGCACAGUCUACAAUAAUUUUAAAUUAGGGAUCUGCCAAGAAUGCGUGAAAGAAAACUAUUUUUUAUUUAAAGAGUAAGAAAAAAAGAUUGAAACUCUUAAAGUUUAUUUAAAGGAAUUAUCAACAUAUAUUGUGUUUAAGCUCAGCGAAGAAAUUUAAAAUUAUAUAUUGACAUUGAAAGAAAAAAAUGUUGAUAUCGAAAUAGAAAAAAGCUAGCCUAAUUGUUCUUUUUGUUUUCAGUUUGGAGAUUAAUUUUUGUAUGAAACAGGAAAUCCCGAAUAGCUAAUAUGCCUAGAUUGUUUCAAAUCUUAGGAAUACACAAAAAUAUAGGAGGGUUUUUAAGAUGAAUAAAUUUAAAAGAUUUUAUGGGAUAUUGUUAAUUAGUUAAGUAUACCAUCAUGUUUCAUAUGCUUUGAUCCACUAAAUGAAAGCGAAAAUAAUAUUAAAAUUUAAGAUAUUAUCAGAAAUUCUUCCAUUUAAAUUUGUACUAAAUGCUAAAAAGAAGGUAUAUUCGUUUUUGACUAGGAUGAUAAUAUCUCUGCCUUUAGUAGUUACUUAAAUCAUCCUUUAAAUAUAAUUCCAAGAGAAGAGGAUAAAAAUCAUCUUAAAUCUGCACUUUAAAAUAACUUAAAUUGA